AUGGCGGCUGCAGUCACCGCAGUGCCAUUGGAUUCUUAUUGCAAUGACCGAAGUGCAGAAUAUGAGAGGCGAGUUCUGAAGGAAGGAGGGAGUCUGGCAGCCAAGCAGUGUUUGUUGAAUGGGGCCCCUGAACUGGCUGCAGACUGGCUCAAUCGACGAUCUCAGUUCUUCCCAGAGCCAGCCGGAGGACUGUGGAGCAUCAGGCCCCAGAAUGGUUGGUCUUUCAUCAGGAUUCCAGGCAAGGAGAGCCUCAUCACUGACAGUGGAAAACUAUAUGCCCUUGAUGUCCUGCUGACUCGCCUCAAAUCUCAAGGACAUAGGGUCCUUAUCUACUCCCAGAUGACCAGGAUGAUAGAUCUGCUGGAGGAAUAUAUGGUUUACAGGAAGCAUACCUACAUGAGGCUUGAUGGCUCAUCCAAGAUCUCAGAGAGGCGGGACAUGGUUGCUGAUUUUCAGAACAGGAAUGACAUCUUUGUGUUCCUGUUAAGCACAAAAGCUGGAGGACUGGGUAUUAAUCUCACUGCUGCAGAUACAGUAAUAUUCUAUGACAGUGACUGGAACCCCACUGUAGACCAGCAGGCCAUGGAUAGGGCCCACCGCUUGGGGCAGACAAAGCAGGUUACAGUAUAUCAGCUCAUCUGUAAAGGCACAGUUGAGGAACGCAUUCUGCAGAGAGCCAAAGAGAAGAGUGAGAUUCAGCGGAUGGUGAUUUCAGGUGGGAACUUCAAACCAGAUACCUUGAAACCGAAAGAGGUGGUUAGUCUUCUUCUAGAUGAUGAAGAGUUGGAGAAGAAACUAAGACUGCGGCAGGAAGAAAAACGGCAGCAGGAGGAAACCAACUGAGUGAAGGAACGCAAGUGCAAGCGGGAAAAGUAUGCAGAGAAGAAGAAAAAAGAAGAUGAGUUGGAAGGGAAAAGGAGAAAAGAGGGUGUGAACUUGGUGAUCCCGUUUGUUCCUUCGGCUGAUAACUCUAACCUCUCUGCUGACGGGGACAACUCCUUCAUUAGUGUGGAUUCAGCUAUGCCCAGCCCUUUCAGUGAGAUCUCCAUCAGCAGUGAGCUUCACACAGGCUCCAUUCCCCCUGAUGAGAGCAGCAGUGACAUGCUAGUCAUUGUGGAUGACCCAGCCUCCUCAGCCCCUCAGUCUCGAGCCACCAACUCUCCUGCUUCCAUAACAGGUUCCUCUGUCUCAGACACCGUGAAUGGAAUUUCCAUUCAGGAAAUGCCAGCUGCAGGUCGUGGUCACUCAGCUCGAAGCCGAGGCCGCCCCAAAGGUUCAGGAAGCACAGCCAAAAGAGCAGGGAAAGGCCGAAGCCGGAAGUCCACAGCAGGCAGUGCCGCUGCAAUGGCAGGAGCCAAAGCAGGAGCUGCAGCAGCCUCUGCAGCUGCCUAUGCUGCAUACGGGUUCAAUGUGUCUAAAGGAAUCUCUGCCAGCAGUCCUCUGCAGACAUCCCUUGUCAGGCCUGCUGGUCUUGCUGACUUUGGACCUUCAAGCGCCUCUUCUCCCUUGAGUUCCCCUUUGAGCAAAGGAAAUAAUGUUCCUGGGACUCCCAAGAGCCUCCACUUGACCAGCAGCCUAGCCUCAGACUCUAUGGUCCGGAAACAGGGCAAAGGCACCAUCCCCUCUGGAGGACGGUAACCAUCUGGGCCCUCCAGCUUCCUUCAACCAAACCAGGGGCUAGAGUCCUGGCCUGCAGAUGGACUUUGGAUGGCUUGCCCAGUGCAGCAUCUUACAUCCCAAGUCAGAGGGUAGAGAGGACAAGUUGCAGCAAGGGAAAGACAGGURGUUAGUGUGAGCACUUUCAUCACCUAUUUCCAAAGGAGUGUUCUGGGGUAGCCUAUAGGAAGAGGGCCCAAGGACAGGGUCAGCCCCACAACAUCCCCAAUGAACUCUGUGGCCAAGUCUUAAACCUUUUACUGGGGAAGGGCCUGACAUAGACACUCUUUAGAUGCUCAGGCAUGCUGUCUCCAGCCCCAUUCCACCCUUCAGCUCUGACCAUGUCCCUUACAAAGGCUCUGCAGGUGCUGUGAAGAGCCUUCUUCCAUGGUGGAGACUUCGUAUAAGGUUGUGAUUUCCUGGAGGACUAGGAAGGGAUAAAAUUGUGUACCUGGUGUCCACAAUCUUUGGACAGCUCCUCAGGCCUACAAACUCUAUUUGCCACUGUGUCAUUGUUGAAGAGAGAGUAGUAUGUGCCAGAGAAUGUGGUGGCUUAUAAGGAUGACAAAAGGCCAAAGGAAGCAGACCCACAGGCAGUUGUUUUUCCAGCAUUUCCUCCCCUGUCCUGCAUGGUUCACACCAGGGAACCUUCAGGUCCCACCAGCAACAGUAGCAGCAACUCCCACCCCAGGGACUCCCAGAAGCCAGUAAAGAGACCAGGAGCCACCUCAAUCAGCAGGACAUCCUCACUGCCCCUCUUACAGAUGCCCCUGUGCCCAUCCUGA